GUUCGCGAUCUGGGCAUUGUUUGUUUUGGUCUUUUCUUCAAAGGGCUGGGUGGUCUUAUCCCGCACGAGGAAGACUUUGAAAAUACAGAUUAGAGUAGCACGAUGAGUUUAGUGGAAUACCGAAAACUCAGCUCUGGACUUGGUCUGUUGCUACCAAAACCUGAUGUCUUCAAAGGUUUAAGACAUGAUCACUACCAAACUGUGCCGUCACUGUCGGCCAAAUUCUCGAUAUGCAAUGACACCCUUCUCGAAAAAAGGGGCUGGUCCAGGCCCCCUGAGCUCGAGGGCCCUAGCGGGGCUGGGUGUUGAGAUGAAUAACCGGGCUUCUGGGCAACAGUGCCGGUUACCCAGUGUUUCCCACCCGACCCAACACCACGGAACGCUUGCAAAACGCACGCGAUCUUCCCCUUUGAUGAACGGGUAAAAAGAACCCAUGCAGAUAACCUACAAAAUUUCCUCUUGGCUUCGUGUGGGUGGCACGCCUCCAUUCCAGGGUUGUGCGACACCAUCCCCCAGGCAUCCGAGCGCGGGAGCCCCCCGUUGGUAACCCCUCGUUGUCGUCAAGCGCUAGCGCGGUUGGACUUCUGCCGCCUUCAGGAGAAGAGGAAAAGAAAAAGAUGACAAUUUUGUUGCCCGGAAGGAUUGUGUAGAUAUUCCGUAGGACGGUCGGGUGUGGUCUCCGUAAGGCGGCCAAUAAGUAGUGAACACAAGAGAGGAGCUUCGGGUUUAUUGUCAUUGAUCUCGGUUUAUGCACAGUGAUCUUCCCCUACGGCGAACACCCCUGUUGGAGCACCACGGGCCAGGCUGGGCAGAGAGGUCGUUGCGCGCGCUGUGGUUGGACUUUCUUUAGCGGUCCAAGUCUUCUCCCGACCUCCAAGUUCCGCCCAACACACACAAAGGACACCCAAAGUUUACCACGCCUACCUGACUUUGGUUCUUGUUUUCUUUAAACUUUCUCGGCGUGAAGCCACCAUCCUGUCAACACCAACUCCAACGCGCAUCGAGCACGCGACGACAUGUCGGGAGCCAUGAGCAAGCGCCAGGCGGCGCGCAAUGAGAAAGUCUUGCAAGAGCUUGUUCAAACCGUUCCCGGCAACAACUUUUGCGCCGAUUGUUCAGCCCGGAAUCCAUCUUGGGCAUCAUGGAGUUUGGGCAUCUUUUUGUGCAUGCGGUGCGCUACCCUGCACCGCAAGAUGGGGACACACGUGUCCAAGGUCAAGUCGCUAAGCAUGGACAGUUGGACCAACGAACAAGUCGAUAACAUGAAGAAGGUCGGCAAUGUUGUUUCGAACAAGAUCUACAACCCCGACAACAAGAAGCCUUCCAUCCCCGUCGACGUCGAAGAGGCCGACAGCGUUAUGGAGCGAUAUAUCCGCUCAAAGUACAUGAAUCGGACCUUGGCCGCGGCCAAGAAGCACCACACCGGCAGCAGUGAAGAUACCCCUCCUCCGCUCCCACCAAAGACCCCAAGCCGAUUUGGCCUCCGUUCUGCCUCGUCGAUAUUUCCACUGGGCUCCAAGAAGAAGUCGAGUCCAGGCUGCGAACCGACUAGUCCUCGUGAUGACCGAUCUCACCCUCCACUUCGAAACAAGGGGUCUGCUGUAUUUGGCGUAAGCUUUUCGGCUGAACUGGACAAGGUGGAGGAUACGGAGCAAAAGUUGACCAAACUCCGGGAUAUGGGUUUCACGGAUGAAAGUAGGAAUGCGAUGGUUUUGAAGGGCGUGGGUGGAAACUUGGAGAAAGCGAUUGAGGCCUUGGUACGGUUAGGAGAGGGCAGUGGAAGAGCACCUGGAGGCCUGUUGCAGCCAGUACGGACGUCAUCGAUGCCAUUGAGCAGGAAUUUGACGACAGGAACACCAACUUCGGCACGUCCGAUCAGUCCAGCAAGUACAAACCCGUUCGACAUGCUCGACACGCCGCCGCCACCACAGCCUUUGUCUUCGCAAUCAACAGGGACUUUGCAGAACAAGAAUCCGUAUCUAUCGACGAAUCCUUUCGGUGUUCCCCCGCAGGCUCAACCAGCACCAUCAGCUUUCGAUUUGGCUUUCCAGAACUUAUCACUAGCUCCUCCUCAGCAGCCAUUAUUCCCGAAUCAUACAGGCGGUCUACUUCCUCAGCAGCAGCAACAGGUACAGCAGACCCAAGCGAUCUAUCAACAGCAGCCGAUGACGGCUCCACUUGGGGGUCCUUUUACUGGUAUGGUAUCGCCUGGGGAGCAGCCUUAUGGCCAGGUGGGAGUGUAUGGUAGCCAAACAUAUCCCCAGCCGCAACCUCUGCAACCCCAGUCAACCGGAUACAAUCCCUUUUUCCAGAACCAGCAGCCUCAACAGCAGCCAUUGUCAGUCAAUACUACUGGUUUCAACGGGAACUACGGGAACAAUCCGUUUACCAAGUCACCAACCCGUCUCCAGUCACCAAUGCUCAGUCAGAUUCCCGAACAGACGCAGCAAAAUUUCUACGCGACCCAACCUCAACAGCAACUGCAGCAGUCGAAUCCCUUCUUCUCUCAACAACCCAACGCUCUGCAGCAACCACAACAGCAGCAGCAGCAGUACGGACAGCUCUCACCCAUGUUGCAAGCACCCCAGCAACAAGUACCACAACAGAUGGGUCUCCCGCCCCAAGUGACCGGUUACUUCGCCCAGCACCAACCACAACAGCAGCAGCAGCAACUUCCAUAUCAGCAGCAAAUGCCCGUGCAACAGCAAAGACCAGACAAGGCCUCCAUCCUGGCUCUCUACGGCCAACAGCCCCAGGUAUCGGCAAACCCAUAUGGAGCUCCUCAGGACAUAGCACAGGCCACACCAGUCCAAACACCCAACUCGCUUUACCCACCGUCUCAGCAGCCCCAGCAACAGCAGGCAGUGUCCACGCCCGUUAGUCCCGCGGCGACGGGCAGCAAGAACCCGUUUGCGAUGAGCAUGGGCGGUGCGGCAGCGCCAGCAGCAGCAGCUGCUGCUCCUCAGCAAGAGCCAAAGCUGCACAAUGUCAGCAGGGAGAGCAUGAUGGCUGUUGGGCUGGAGUGGACUAAUGGCCGGCAUAGCCCGGAUGCGUUUUCGGGGUUGAGUGCCAGGGGGCGGUAAUCUUGUGAGCAGGAGAGGGGUUUGUCAAGGUUGGGUGUUCUUUGUACAUAAUAGGGAGGUUGAUAUCGAAUUUUUGCUGAGAUGGAUGACUGGGGGGAAAUGUGCGGGGAAGCUUGAUUGUAUUGAUAUAUAUCCUGUAGGAAGAUAUGGGCA